CAAACCCUAAUCAUAAAAAGCCCUAGAAAAACCCCCCCAAGAAGUAAACGGCGUUAACCCUUUUGAAGCUAGUGUUUCUGCGCACUCCUCAAAUGGCUGCCAGAGAAGCACUAGCUAACAGUAGCAGAGAGGCCAAGAAACCCAUCAAAAUUUGAGGUGAGAUAUCAACUAAAGAGCUUAUACAUAUUUGGCUAUUGUAUUGUUUAGACUUGUCCUUCUUUGUUUCCUUUGCAUCAUACACUGAAAAUCUCAUAGCCAUCCAUGACCCAUUUACUGAAACUUAAAAUACCUUGUGUGCUCAAAUGGGUUUCUCUAAAUUUCUAUGAAAGCAACUUUAGAUCAUCAAAAACAAGCAUUUGGGUGACUGGGUCACAACAAAUUGCUCAAUACCCUAGGUAUUACAGAACUAAAAGAGUUGUUCAAUCUGAGGAUGGUCAAAAAUUGGAUGAAGUUUCUGCUCGCAAAGCCUCUCGGGCCUCUCGGCAAGAAGCCCAAGCUGCUUUAUUGGAGUACCUGCAUUCCACUAGAAACUUGCAAUUAAUGGAUGCUGAGAAUAUAAGCAGAAAUUCACCACUUUUUCUUGAAAAUUUGUUAAAGAAGGUCAAGACUGAAGUGGAUGUUAGGCGCUCCAUAAGCAGGUUGUUGCGGUUCCACCCCAUUAAUGAGUUUGAACCCUUUUUCGAGAGCAUUGGUUUAAAACCUUCCGAGUAUUCUACACUUCUGCCUCGUACCUUGUUUUAUCUGAAUGAUGAUGGAACUUUGCUAGAGAAUUUUCAUGUUUUGUGUAAUUAUGGUAUUGCACCGAAUAAGAUCGGAAAGAUUUACAAGGAAGCAACCGAAGUUUUUAAAUAUGAUGAUGGUGUUCUGCGGUCCAAGCUUGGUGCUUUUGAAGAAAUGGGGUUGAACCAGUCUACUAUAAUCAAGAUUGUUUCUUCAAGUCCUUAUCUUUUGAUUGGGGAUGCAAAUAGGGAGCUUCCUAAGAUAUUAGAAAAACUGAAGUGUGUUGGGAUCGAAUAUGGUUUUAUUGAGGGUCAUUUAUUAGAGGGGAAUUCUUAUAAUUGGAGCCAUAUGUUUGAGCUUUUAAGCUUAUUGAGCAAAUUGGGUUGCAGUGAGGAGCAAUUAAAAGGUUUAAUCUGUCAGAAUCCCGGACUUCUAUUCCAAAAUUCUGGAAAUAUGUCCUUUUCAGUUGUUGUGUUCUUAAUGAAAUUUGGUGCCACAACGAAUGAGAUAUGUUCUAUGUUUCUGCAGUUCCCACAAGUCCAGCUUGAGAAAUUCAUUUGCAAUUUGAGACAUUGCUAUCACUUUUUGAUCGAAAUUCAGAUGGAAGUUGAAGAGAUUGGGAGGAUUGUUCGUUCACACCCCGUAUUGCUGGGUUCAUGUCAUCUAAAGAAAGUCGGGACCGUAGUAGUUACCUUGAAAGCUAGGAAGAAGCGACUCUGUGAAAUCAUCAAAAAGAACCCACAAGAACUGAAGAAUUGGGUUUGGGGAACAAGGGUGAAACCGUUGCCAAAGGACCUAAGGUCAAGGAUGAUGAGGAUUAGGUUCUUGUUGGACUUGGGAUUUGCUGAAGACUCGAAUGAAAUGAGAAAAACUCUCAAAGUGUUCCAUGGCAAACUAGGAGAACUUCAGGAGAGAUUUGAUUGUUUUGUGAAUGCUGGUUUGAAUAAGAAGGAUGUUACGGAUAUGAUCAAAUUAUGCCCUCGAGUUCUUAACCAAAAAAAGGAGGUGAUUAAAAUGAAGAUUGAUUAUUUUGUAAAUGAACUGGGUUAUCCCUUAUCAUUUUUAGUGGCAUAUCCAGCUUGUCUUAACUACACAAUUCUGAGUGUUAAGCUUAGGUUAUCAAUGUAUAAUUGGCUCAAAGAUCAAGGGACUGUAGAACCCAAGUUGGCUUUGAGCACUAUUAUGGCAUGUUCGGAAAAUAUAUUCAUGAAUCGUUAUGUAAAUCUUCACCCUAGAGGCCCUGAAGUUUGGCAGAAGCUGAAAGCAGAGAUUUAUUCUGAUUAAAAAUCAUCAGAAAUUAUGAGUACAUUAUAUGUGAUUUUGAAUGCUUUGGUGGUUGUAUACAUUACAUGAUUUUCUACUCUUAACUCGAAGCAAGCAAUGUUCUUCCAUACCAGAAAUUAUUAAGUUGUCCGGCUAAUCAGAAGAAGUCAUACAAAACUGAAUAAAAGUUGCACACAUUUAGUUGCACAGCGGUCUUCUGAUUCGGCGGGCCUGAUUUCUUGUGCUGUUAAAAUUCCAGCUGCUAUCUAUGGGACAACAGUCAACCUCGGUGUUCUUUAAAAUCAUAUAUAAAGUUUUUCUUUUUAAUUAAAAGAAAAGAAGAAGAAGAAGAAGUAGAAGAAUAGGUGGAUGGAUUUGUAUAAUUAAUCAAUUCAUAGCAUUUUGGUUUUUUAUUUUAUUUUUAUUUUUUUAUAUUACACAAAACCUCUUGAAUUAUCAUAAAUUAAAAUUUACCCCUUGAAUAGAGUUAAUGUUAUGAAGUAUUGACAACUUGCAUUCCGACAACCUAAUUUUUGUUACGUGACCUUGAAAAAUAUCUUUAAAUUAUUGGAUUGCCCUUAAAAUCAAUUGCACAA